AAAGAUGGAACAGAAAAGUUUGGAUUUCGAAUGGAAUUUGAAAGUCAUGAGAAAAAACAGUCAAAUAAUUGGAAUCAGGAAAUCUCAUCUUCCACUGAUGCUCCGAAGCAAGACCUUAUUGCCCAACAAGAGAAAAUAACGAAACAAUAUAUUAGGAAAAGUAUAAAGCUAAUCAAAGAUAAAUUACAUGUAGACAAGCACUGUUUGAUCCAGAACAAAUGCAGAGAGUAUGAUAACAGGUUCAGAAGUGGUAGUAAUCCUAUUUCCCAUAAAAGGAUUCACUCAGGAGAGAAACCAUUUAAAUGCAUGGAGUGUGGUAAGACCUUUGCUCGAAGGUGUAAACUUAUUACCCAUAAGAUGAUCCACACAGGCGAAAAGCCAUAUAAAUGCAUGGAGUGCGGAAAGAGCUUUGCUCAGAGAUGUCAUCUUAUAUCCCAUAAGAUGAUUCACACAGGGGAGAAACCAUAUAAAUGCAUGCAGUGUGGGAAAACCUUUACUCAUAGCAAUGGACUUAGAAACCACAAAAUAGUCCACACAGGAGAGAAGCCAUAUAAAUGCAUGGAGUGUGGGAAAAACUUUACUCAUAGCAGUGGACUCAGAAGACACAAAACAAUACACACAGGAGAGAAACCAUAUAAAUGCAUGGAGUGUGGAAAGACCUUUGCUCUGAGAAAUAGACUUACUCUCCACAAAAAGAUCCACACAGGAGAAAAGCCAUUUAAAUGCAUGGAGUGUGGAAAGACCUUUGCUCGAAGAUGUAGACUUGUUACCCAUAAGAUGAUCCACACAGGUGAAAAGCCAUAUAAAUGCAUGGAGUGUGGAAAGACCUUUACUCAAAAAAGUAGCCUUAUUACCCAUAAGAUGAUCCACUCAGAAGAUAAACCAUUUAAAUGCAUGGAGUGUGGAAAUACCUUUACUCAAAAAAGUAGUCUUAUUACGCAUAAGAUGAUCCACUCAGAAGAGAAACCAUUUAAAUGUAUGGAGUGUGGAAAGACGUUUACUAACAGCAAUUCUCUUACUUCUCACAUCAGAAUCCACACAGGAGAAAAGCCAUAUAAAUGCAUGGAAUGUGGAAAGACCUUUGCUCAGAAUGGUCAUCUAUCUUGUCAUAAAAGGUUCCAUGCUCAGGAUAAAAUAUAUAGUAAUAACAAUUCCACUUUAGACUUAUAUUCCACUCCACAAAGCUUUAUAGCAGUCUUUGAGCAGUUUACAAAGUCAGCAUAUUGUCCGCAGCAAUCUGGGUCCUCAUUUUACCAACCUGAGAAAGAUUAAAGGCUGAAUCAACCAUGAGCCAGUUGGGACUGAACUUCUGGCUCCUGGGCAAUCAGCUUGCUGUACUACAUUCUAACUUCUGACCCACCAUGUCUAUAGAUUAUUAUGUGUAUGCAUAUUGUGCCUUUCUGCUCCAAAUGAGACAAGGUUGAAUCCAACAAAGUGAAAUUUAAUGUGGAGAAAAGUUAAGCUUUUACACCUGGGCGGGAAAAACAGAUUACAUGAAACAUGGCUCAAAAACUAACUGAGGGAUCUUGGCAGUCCGAAUGGACGAUCAUUUAAAAAUGAGUCACCUAUUAUUAUUUUUGUUUUCAUCUCCCAUUCACUUAUUUAUUAAUAG